GACGAAAACUAAAGACGAGGGACCGUUGUGUAAGAUGGAUGGAUUGGGGGUGAUCAAAUAGUGUAAAACCUUAAUACCCGAUUUCCUGUUGCCCGUUACACAAACUCAUCAUCACUUUCACCUUAGAGACCUUUCUCCCGCCCUUCAUCACAAAUUCAAUUUCUCAAAAUUCAUACUUCACCCUUAUUAUUUAUUCAACAUUCUCUUUAUCCAAUUCAUAAUAAAUACCUUAUUUGAUUUAUAUAGCAAUUGUUUCAAGAAACCGAGGCUGCAAAUUGAAUCAUCAAGAAAACUUCAAGGUUGAAGCUUUGCAGUAAUUAAUUAUAUUAUAUCUCAAGAUUGUGAAGCCAGCCAGCAUUGGGAACAAAUACUUUAUUUCUUAAAGCAGGAAAAAUAAUCAUGGGUGCUGUUAAACUGCAACUUCCAUUGCCGAAAAGUGUUGAUGGAGUGACCCUGGAUCCAAAUCCUGAUUGGAGCUUUGAUGCUUUAUUGGUCGAGCUCAACUCGAUAGAGAAGAAGCUCAAUGCAUCAUCAAAAUUUCCAAUACCUUUUACCAAAACAGAAUUUCGACAACUCUCGGCUUCAAAGGAUAAUUCUCGGAGAGGCUUUGUUAUGCAAGUGUCUGAUGAUGGUGUGGAGGAUAUGGACGGAGAUACUGAGCAUGAAGUUGGUGAUCAUUUUCUUACGGGAGGAAAACGUUUUGCCUGUGAUGAAAUCUAUCUGAGUGAUAGCGACCAAUCUGAAGAGGGCCUGCACAUUGAUCUUCAACGUGAUCUAAUGGAUAAAGUGGGAUUGGUGGAAAGUGGUUUAUCUGAGUUAGCUAAUGAGCAUCAGCGUACUAUUGCGGAGGAAAUGAGAGAUCAAUUAUCAGCACUUGAAGCUGAGUUGAUGGAUGAAAGUGAGAAGCUUGCCUCCACACUAGAACGAGUUGAGAGAAAUACUGAAGCUCAAAGGGAAAUGAACCGAAAAUUUGACAUGCAGUACCAGCGUAAAAUCGCAGAAGCACUUGAUGAUCUUCUAACUGCCGUACAAAGGGAUCACGAACACAAAUCCCAAAUUGAAGAGAGGAAGAUAAGAGAUGAUGCAGCUCGUGAAGAGGCCAAAAGGAAAGAAAAAGCUCUUCAAGAAGAAAAAGCCCGGCAAGAAAGGAUCAGAGCAGAAGCCAAGGUGCAGGCUAGGCUGGAAGCUGAAAGAGUUGAAAAGGAAAAAGCCGCAGCACAGGAAGCUGAGAGGAAAGCAGCCAAAGAAUCUGCAGCUGCGGUGGAGAAGAAGACAUCUGAGUCAUUGGCGACUGCUCCUUCGGAGGGUAGCAAGAUUUCAAGGGAUUCUAGUCAGCCUGUGAGACCCAUGUCUGAUGGGCAGAGACAUUCAGCAGGAAAUACAAUCAGGGUGACAGAAAAUGCUCAAAAGCUAGAGGAGAAAAGAUUAAGCAUUUACAAUGAAAUAGCUGCACAGAAUGAAGCACUGGGGUUGAGUUCAAACAAGGCUUACCGAAAAUAUGAAAUGGAAAUAUCCAGACGAAUCAGAACUAUCACUGGUUCAAAAGAAAAUGUCAGAGUGAAAGCAGAUGAAUUACUUAAGUUAAUUAGUGGAUCAACAUGUCCACAAUCCAUCAGCAUUGCAAUGUUCGCGCAGCAGGUGGUGUCCCUGUGUGUGAACCUUACAGGAAGCUUUAACAGUAAAGUCUAUGCUUAUGGCCGUGUAUUUGUCCAUGUUACAUCAAAGGUCCCUCGUGCCAUGGAUAUUCUCAUAGCUGAGUUGAACAAAGUUUGCAUUUACACAGUUCCUAAGUACAUUAUUUACUCAGAGGCAGCAUUCCAGACUAAAGAGGCUUAUGACAAAGCUAUUGGCUAUGCAGAGGAAGAUGGGAAGAUAGAAAAUACUGAUAGUUAUGUGAAUCGCUUAAGUGCAUACAUGAAAUUAUAUGGUGCUCUUGUUCAGGGAAAGGGACAUAGAGUUGAGCAUGACGAAUAUAAGUUGGGAACUUUUGUAUGCAUGAAUGGUGUAUCCUACUGGUUGAUAUUGAUUGUGAUUUGUGACGGUGUGCAACAAAAAAAGCCCUAAGGGCUAAAGAUCUUUGGUAGGAGAAAAUGCAAAAUAAUGACUUCGAAGGGACUCAAAAGGUUGCCCUGAAAGCUGAAGGACUUUCCCCUCAAUUAUAGAGCAUAUCCCAUUCCCAACUACUUCAUGUCUCUAAUGUUCACUGUUUAGAUCAGAGCAGUAGAGUUGGGUUAGAAAAGGAUUGCUAUGGAUCCCUCAGGUUGACAAAGUGACUAUCAAGCUCCAAUAUUGGAGAUUGUGCUUGUGCUUCAUCCAAACAAGAGAGAGUUUCCAGUUGCAGAAGCAGCUUUCUGUUAGUUGGAGAAGUGCCUAUGGUGCUCUCGAUCCAAUAAGGGGCUUUGUAUGAUAGAGUGCAAAAUAUAUCCGGGGUUAUAGCAGCAAAGCCACUAUCUCCUCAGGUCAAUUGAAUCCUCCAGUUAGACGAAAACAAUAUUCCAAAUGGUCAUACUCAACCAACUUCAUCAGCGGAGCAGGAAACAUUCUGGACAAGAUGUCCUUUUUGCUAUAUGUACCAAUACUACAGGUUAUGAACCGAGAUGUACGCUGCCAGAAAUUAUCAAAGCCAUUUGAUUGUGCUUACCCAAACUAAUAUCUGUUAUUCCGUGUAUAGGACUUCUGUUACGGGAGUUCUUGGUGCAGCGCGGAGCUCCUUUCGCCUGAGGUUUGAUUGGAAAUGACAUCCCAAACUAGUAUCCUUUAGUUGAAUAUGACAUCCCAUUAAACUUAUUUGGUGAUUGGACUAAAACUGCUCAUUUUGUUUAAUUGGAGGUCGGAUGUGCUCAGGCCAAUAGUCUAGGACAUAUAUGAUAUAUCACAAUAUUUCAGGGACCAAAAUUGCUUUUUCCCCUUACUCCUUUCAUAUAGUAACUGAUUUAGUAGUAAACCGCAUUUUA